UAACCGUUGAGCGUACGCAGAAGAUCGGACGGCUAAACUUUACUAGCCGUUAGUUUUAAAAACAAUAAAAGGUCAUGAGCGGACAUUUUAUCCGCUCUUUGCGUCUCAAUUUCCUUUCAUAAUUUCGUCCUUUUCUGUGUCAAAAACCCCAAAAGCCUGAACGAGAAGAGAAAGAGAGAGAGAUCAAUUUGAUCGCGGUUCAAGCCUCAAAUGUUAUUCUAUUGAGAAAUCUCUCUCUUCGAUUUCCUUUUUCGGUGAAGUGGACAUCAAAGGUAGCGGGGUUUUGGAAUCUGGCAGUGGGAGAAAUCAACAAGGAAACUCUUUUGAGAAAGCUGUUGUCUGUAGAUACGGAAAGAAUGGCUGGAUCGGAUGAGAACAAUCCUGGAGUCAUCGGACCCUCAUAUCUCCAAGGGGGUCUGCGUGCCUGUGGAGGGAAGUUCGUGGCGGCGAAUGGGCAGAAUCGAAGAGCAUUAAGCACUAUUAAUCGGAACGUAAUUGGAGAUCCACCUUACCCUUGUGCAGUAAACAAAAGACCUUUAUCUGAAAGAAAUGCAGUCUGUGAUAAGAUCCCACCAAUACCUCUGCAUAGACCAAUUACUAGGAAGUUUGCUGCCCAGAUGGCUAACAAGCAGCAAAUCAAAACUGAGGAAAUAAAGAAACCAAUCCAGUCAGUGUCAGUUUCAAAUGAAUCUGAAGAUUGCACCAGCAUAGAUGUGGAUGAUCCCAAGGAGAGCAGUGACUUCGAUGUGCCAAUGUUCGUGCAACACACAGAAGCUAUGCUAGAAGAGAUUGACCGGAUGGAGGAGGUUGAAAUGGAAGACAUGGAUGAAGAACCUUUUGUGGACAUUGACAAUUUUGAUAAAAAGAAUCCGCUUGCAGUUGUUGAGUACAUUGAUGAUUUAUACAAAUUCUACAGGAAAGCAGAGUGUACUGGUUGUGUUCCUCCAAAUUAUAUGGCACAGCAAUAUGACAUUAAUGAAAGGAUGAGAGGUAUCCUCAUUGACUGGCUGAUAGAGGUUCACUACAAGUUAGAGCUGAUGGAUGAGACCUUAUAUCUGACAGUCAAUCUAAUCGAUAGAUUUUUAGCGGUUCAACAAGUAGUGAGGAAGAAACUUCAGCUGGUUGGAGUAACAGCCAUGCUUCUUGCCUCCAAAUAUGAAGAAGUUUCUGUUCCUGUUGUAGAGGAUCUGAUUCUGAUUUCUGACAAGGCUUACAGCAGGAAAGAAGUGCUUGAUAUGGAGAAAUUGAUGAUCAAUACCUUACAAUUCAAUCUAUCCCUUCCUACGCCGUAUGUGUUUAUGAGGAGAUUUCUCAAAGCUGCUCAAUCUGACAAGAAGGUUCGUGACAACAAACAUGGUCAUUUUGCAUUUAUUAUCCAACAAAGUUAUUUAAAUGAGUCUGAGAUGGCUUUAAAUGUGACUUUGUUGAACCAGCUUGAGCUUCUGUCAUUCUUCAUGAUCGAGCUUUGCCUAGUUGAAUAUGAAAUGCUUAAGUUUCGACCUUCUUUAUUAGCUGCUGCUGCUAUUUUCACUGCUCAGUGUGCUCUUAGAGGGUCUAAGCAUUGGAGCAAGACCAGUAAGUGGUAUACUACCUAUUCGGAAGAGCAGCUUAUGGAUUGCUCAAGAAUGAUGGUUACUUUCCAUCAGAAGGCAGGGACAGGGAAACUUACAGGUGUAGAAAGGAAGUACAGUACAUCUAAGUACGGUUAUGCUGCAAAAAGUGAGCCAGCAACUUUUCUCUUGGAGGCUAGAUUCUAGCACAGCUUAAAAACAUUGAUUGGUGCUUAUAGGAAAUGAGGGGGGUGGGGUGCAAUCGAGCAACACAAGUUGCCCCUGGUUUUACGACUAUAUAAUACUGACUUGGUGUUUUUCCCUUUGAAUUCUUCCUUCUAGUUUUUUAUAUUUUAUAGCAACAAGAUGUUGUUUGUUUCUAUAUAUUUCAUUUCCUUCUGUUCAAUAGGUUUUUCCUUUUAUGGUUCUCAAUGGAUAAAAAGAUUUGUCUCAAUGGAUAAAAAGAUUUGUAUUUUAGUUUGUUUCUUCUUUCUUUGAUUUGUAUUAAAAGAGAGAAAAAGAAAGGGUUGGAUUGCAAAUAUUCAAGUAACUUGUAAUGCAAAUUUCAUUUGCGACCUCACAACGGCAGUUUGUGCGUUUAGAAAUUAAAAAUAAAAUAUAAU